AUGGCUUCCAGGAACCAGAAUCGGCCUCCUCGAAGCCCUUCUUCUAAGAAGGAAGGGGUGGAAGGUAUCCCAUUAGACAAGCGAAGGAGGAUUGGGAUGGGAAGAACUGGAGGAGCAACAAAUGCAGACCGCAAGCCAUUUGGUUCUGUUAACAGGAAGCAGGAUGUUGUUGCCACUAGUGAUGCAGUCAGCAGUGCUGAAGGUUCGGACUCUGGCAAUUUUGAGUUUACUAAAGAAGAAGUUGAUGCACUGGUGAAUGAGAGAUUGAAGAUGAAGAAAUUUGAUCACAAGGGUAAUUUGGAACUAGUGGCUGAACUUAAUGCUAGGCUCAAGAUUUGUAUCAAAUGGUUCCAGAAGAGAGAUGAAGGCCAUGUGGAAGAGGAAGGAAAGCUUCAGAAUGCUUUAGAUGCUUUGGAGAAAAAGUGUGCUGAAACUGAGUCAGAUAUGAGAAACAAGGAGGAGAGAUUUAGUGUAACUAUUAGUGAGCUGAGGCAAGAUAAUGCUUGUUUACAAGAGAGACUUGCAAAAGAAGAAUCGGAAAAGCUGGAUGCAAUUGCUUGUCAUAGAAAGGAAAAGGAAGCAAGAAUUGCACUAGAAGCUUUGCAGGCUUCUCUAUCAAAAGAUCUUGAGAAAGCCCAACAAGAUAUUUUAGCUGCCAAUCAAAGGGCUGCCUCGGUUGAUGAUAUGUACAAGCGAUUGCAAGAGUACAACUUGAGUUUACAACAGUACAAUAGCAAGCUGCAUGCUGAACUUGAAGUUGCUCGUGAGUCUCUGAAGCGUGUAGAAAAGGAGAAGUCUACUAUAGUGGAGAACCACAGUACAUUAAGGGGUCACUACAGUUCAUUGCAGGAUCAACUAAAUUUAGCCAGGACUGCUCAAGAUGAAGCUUUGAAUCAGAAAGACACAUUAGCAAAUGAAGUGAAAUGUCUCCGAGGGGAGCUGCAGCAGGUUAGAGAGGAUCGCGACCGCCAAGUAGCUCAAGUGCAGGUUUUAACUUCUGAUGUGGUGAAGUAUAAAGAAAGUACCGGCGAAUCCUGUGCAAAACUAGAACAUCUGAUGGAAAAAACAAAAUCCUUGGAGGAGACAUGUUCUUCUCAGAGGGAGCAGAUACGCCUAUUGGAACACCAGCUCACUGCUGCAAAUGAAAAGCUAAAGGAGCGCCUAGCAGAGACAGAAUAUCAACUAGUUGAAGGAGAGAAAUUGAGGAAAAAAUUGCAUAAUACAAUCUUGGAGCUAAAGGGGAAUAUUCGAGUAUUUUGCAGAGUGCGACCUGUGUUGCCAGAUGAUGGUGUUGGGUCCGAGCCGCCUGUCAUUGCGUAUCCUACCUCAACAGAAGCUCUUGGCAGAGGCAUCGAUGUAAUACAAAGUGCUGGACAGAAAUAUCCUUUUACCUUUGACAAGGUGUUCAAUCAUGAUGCUUCUCAGCAAGAAGUUUUUGUGGAAAUAUCACAGCUUGUGCAGAGUGCCCUUGAUGGCUAUAAGGUAUGCAUCUUUGCUUAUGGUCAAACAGGUUCGGGCAAAACUUAUACUAUGAUGGGCAGGCCAGAAGCUCCAGAGCAGAAGGGGCUGAUACCACGCUCUUUAGAACAGAUAUUUCAAAUUAGUCAGUCCCUUAUGGCACAGGGUUGGAAGUACAAAAUGCAGGCUUCAAUGCUGGAAAUAUACAAUGAAACCAUUCGUGAUUUGUUGUCAACAAAUAAAUCGAGUGGUACAGAAAAUGGAGCUCCUGGAAAGCAGUAUACCAUCAAACACGAUGCAAAUGGAAACACCCAUGUCACUGAUCUUACAAUUGUAGAUGUUUGUAGAAUAGAAGAGAUUUCCUCUCUACUUCGGCAAGCUGCACAAAGCAGGUCCGUUGGCAAGACCCAAAUGAAUGAACAGUCUUCAAGAAGCCAUUUUGUGUUCACAUUGCGUAUAUCAGGAGUAAAUGAGGGUACUGAACAACAAGUUCAAGGAGUUCUAAACCUCAUAGAUCUUGCUGGAAGUGAGCGACUCUCGAGGAGUGGGGCUACUGGAGACAGGUUAAAGGAAACUCAGGCCAUUAAUAGAAGCUUGUCAAGUUUGAGUGAUGUGAUAUUUGCUCUGGCGAAGAAAGAGGACCAUAUUCCUUUCAGGAACUCAAAAUUGACUUAUCUUCUGCAGCCUUGUCUAGGAGGGGAUUCCAAAACCCUGAUGUUUGUCAAUAUUUCCCCGGAUCCUGCUUCGGUUGGCGAAUCUCUAUGUUCCCUUCGGUUUGCUGCCAGAGUUAAUGCUUGUGAAAUUGGGAUUCCUCGACGUCAAAUGAUAGCUCAAAUGCCAGCUCGACCAGCAGAUUCGCGCUUGAGGCGUUGUGACUCUGGUUUGAGGUUCCCCAAGUUCUUGGUGUUGGAUCUUGUAGUUGGGCCUCGUAUGGAUCUCUUGUUGGUUCAAGGCCUUCUCCCAGAAGAUCCUGGCCCAACCUAG